AUGGUCCAACGUAGUCGAGGCUGUUUACGAUGUCGCCAGCGCCGAGUAAGAUGCGACCAAGGCCGUCCCUCAUGCCAACGAUGCCUCACCCGCAACGAGCUCUGCAUCGGCUACCGAGACGAAGCAGACCUCAUUUUCCAGCAUGAAACUGCAAAAACGGUCCUCAGACACCGCAGUGAAGCCAGCAGCACAUCCUCCUCUGAACCCCGCAGAUCGCGAAGCCAGUCCCUCCCACGGACCGAUUCCGAAUCUCCUCCUGACAUCUCGCCAAUCCGGCCAAGCGCCUCCAGAGAAGACGCAGCCAUUGCGGGAUUCUUUGAGAAAUACAUCCUUUACCCGUGUACUAACUCCUCUUCGUCGGGAUUUCUAGAACACUUGCCCUGUUUAUUCAAAGACGUCAACGUCGAGGGGAGACAUGCCCUCCGCUGGGCGGUGCAAGCGGCCGCUUUUGCGGAUUACUCACGCACAGCGGACUCAGAAGCCGCGGAAUUGACGUCCCUGGCGUUGGAAUGCUAUGGUCGUGCGCUGGGCAAGUUGGGGGAGUCGAUGGCGGAAAGGGGCAAGGUGCCGGAUGAUUAUGACUUGAAUUGUGUUGUUGUGCUAGAUCUGUUUGAGAGCUUAUAUCUGCCUGAGACGGCGGCCAUGGGCGCUCACGCACAAGGCAUGGCGCAUAUUCUACGACUAAGAGGCCACGAGCAGUUUCAUGAUCCUCGGGGAUGGGGGUUAUUUCGACUUGCUCACCACCGCAUCCAAAAACAACAUCUUGCAAAGAAACUAUCUCCCCUGCCGGAAUCGAAAGCUUGGCUCGAUUGCCUACACCAGGACCAAUUUGUGCGUCUGGAACAAGACGCGCUUCGUAUUUCUACGCUCUGCGACAAAGCUAACAGUAUCCUUGGGGUGUUAAACUCUGGAAGCGUGGACAGGCAAGGUAUCGUACGGCUCGUCCAGGAAAUGCAUGCAUUAGAUGCUGAAGCUACGAAAUGGCGACAACGAGCAGAAUGGUCUUUUAGGACCGUUCGUGCUGAAGAUAUAGCAGGAUAUAGGCACGAGACGGCUUAUUUACCGGAUACUGUUCAAAUUCACGGGGAUGUAUGGAUGGCAUAUGAAUGGAACUAUCACCGCACGGCAAGGAUACUCCUCCAUCAGCAACUGCUGGCUUGCUUAACGGCGAUUGAGUCUGACGGGGAUGAAUUCAUGGAUGGACAAACCGCCGAGGUGAUGGCUUGGAAGGAAACGAGUAUCAUGGUGGUAAGGACACUUGCUGAGGAGAUUCUGUCUACGGUUGCGCAGUCGUUCGGUGAUGUUGAUGGUGCUGGGCGGAGUGUGGACGUGUUUGAGGAUGGACCAAGUUGUCGUGCUAUUGGUGCGUACUUCAUGCUGUGGCCUGUCAAGAUUAUGAAGAGUGAGGAUGGGGUGGCCACCGACGCUCAGAAAGAGGCUGCGAGGCUGGUGUUUGAGCGGAUUAGAGAGACUACGGGCAUGAAGAGGACUUUGGGGGCGUUGUCUAUAGUGUAG